UCCCUGCCCCGCCCCGCCCCGCCCCGCCCCUUUCCCGGCGGGACGCUCUGAGCCGCUUCGAACUGCGCAGGGCGGCCGGGGGGAGUCAUACUCCAUGGGUUUAUGUGAUAAAUGAUCUUGGCAUAGAAGAGAAUUUAAAGAAUGAUGGCUUCAUUCCAGCGCUCCAAUAGUCAUGACAAAGUAAGGAGAAUAGUUGCAGAGGAGGGUCGUACAGCAAGAAACCUAAUAGCUUGGAGUGUUCCACUAGAAAGCAAAGAUGAUGAUGGAAAACCUAAAUAUCAAACUGGUGGAAAAUCUAAGAGGACAAUUCAAGGCACUCAUAAAACUACUAAACAGAGUACUGCAGUGGACUGUAAAAUAACAUCAUCUACGACUGGAGAUAAACACUUUGAUAAAAGUCCCACUAAAACAAGGCAUCCUCGGAAGAUUGAUCUGAGAGCUCGAUACUGGGCAUUUCUUUUUGACAAUCUUCGCCGAGCAGUAGAUGAAAUCUAUGUAACUUGCGAAUCAGAUCAGAGUGUGGUCGAAUGUAAGGCAGGUUAACUGGAGACUUGGCUUUAUCUCUGGAGCAUGCCAGCAGGUGAAGUUGUGGAUAGUCCCCACAUGCAUAUUUGUGGUCCCAGAAGACUGCUAAUUUCCUGCAGUUUCAGUUCCCAGAUGGAGGCUAAGUAAUGCCUGAUCUACAGGUAGCAGCUGGAGAAGUCAGGACUUUAAGGAGGUGCUAAUGAUGCUGGAUAACUAUGUAAGAGAUUUCAAAGCAUUGAUUGACUGGAUUCAGCUUCAGGAAAAGCUAGAGAAGACAGAUGCUCAAAGCAGACCAACAUCAUUGGCAUGGGAAGUAAAGAAGAUGUCUCCGGGACGCCAUGUGAUUCCAAGUCCAUCAACAGAUAGAAUAAAUGUAACAUCAAAUGCUCGACGAAGCUUAAAUUUUGGAGGUUCAACUGGCACAGUGCCAGCUCCUCGUCUGGCUCCCACAGGUGUCAGUUGGGCUGACAAGGUAAAGGCUCAUCAUACAGGCUCUACUGCUUCUUCAGACAUAACACCCGCCCAGUCUUGCCCACCAAUGACAGUGCAGAAGGCCUCACGCAAAAAUGAACGGAAAGAUGCUGAAGGAUGGGAGACUGUUCAGAGAGGAAGGCCUAUUCGUUCUCGAUCAAUAGCAGUGUUGCCAAAAGUUUCAUUGGCAACAGAAGCUGCAAGAUCAAAGGAUGAUAGUGAUAAAGAAAAUGUAUGUCUUUUACCUGAUGAAAGCAUACAGAAAGGUGAAUUUGUUGGAGAUGGAUCUUCUAAUACUAUAGAAUCUCAUCCCAAAGACUCAUUACACUCUUGUGACCAUCCUCUUGCCGAAAAAACCCAGUUCACAGUGAGUACAUUGGAUGAUGUGAAGAAUUCUGGCAGUAUUCAAGACAAUUAUGUUCGAACUUCUGAAAUACCUGCUGUCCACAUUGAUACAGAGUGUGUUUCAGUUAUGCUGCAAGCUGGUACACCUCCUUUACAAGUAAAUGAAGAAAAAUUUCCAGCAGAGAAAGCAAGGAUAGAAAAUGAAAUGGACCCUUCAGAUAUUUCAAAUGUGAGUGCUGCUAACUUGUCCAUGGCAGAAGUCCUUGCUAAAAAAGAAGAGCUAGCAGAUCGUCUAGAAAAGGCCAAUGAAGAAGCCAUUGCUAGUGCUAUUGCUGAAGAAGAACAGUUAACUAGAGAAAUUGAAGCUGAAGAAAACAAUGAUAUUAACAUUGAAACUGACAACGACAGUGAUUUUUCUGCCAGCAUGGGCAGUGGGAGUGUAUCUUUCUGUGGUAUGUCCAUGGACUGGAACGAUGUCCUUGCAGACUAUGAAGCUCGUGAGUCUUGGCGCCAAAAUACAUCCUGGGGGGACAUUGUAGAAGAAGAACCUGCUAGACCUCCAGGGCAUGGAAUUCACAUGCAUGAAAAACUUUCUUCACCCUCUCGUAAAAGAACAAUUGCAGAAUCUAAGAAGAAACAUGAAGAAAAACAAAUGAAAGCACAGCAGCUAAGGGAAAAGUUACGUGAAGAGAAAACAUUAAAGCUUCAGAAAUUGUUAGAAAGGGAGAAGGAUGUCCGGAAGUGGAAGGAAGAAUUACUAGAUCAACGACGCAGGAUGAUGGAAGAAAAAUUACUUCAUGCUGAGUUUAAGCGGGAAGUGCAAUUACAAGCAAUUGUGAAAAAAGCACAAGAAGAAGAAGCUAAGGUAAAUGAAAUUGCCUUUAUAAAUACCCUUGAAGCCCAGAAUAAACGUCAUGAUGUUUUAUCAAAAUUGAAGGAAUAUGAACAGAGGCUUAAUGAGCUACAGGAAGAGCGUCAGAGAAGACAGGAAGAAAAGCAAGCACGUGAUGAAGCUGUGCAGGAACGCAAGAGAGCUCUAGAGGCAGAACGGCAGGCCCGUGUAGAAGAAUUGUUAAUGAAGAGGAAAGAACAAGAAGCCCGAAUUGAACAACAGAGGCAAGAAAAGGAAAAAGCCCGUGAGGAUGCAGCCCGGGAAAGAGCUAGAGACAGGGAAGAACGAUUGGCAGCACUCACAGCUGCUCAACAAGAAGCUAUGGAAGAGUUACAGAAAAAAAUUCAGCUCAAGCAUGAUGAAAGUAUUCGAAGGCACAUGGAACAGAUUGAACAAAGAAAAGAAAAAGCUGCUGAGCUAAGCAGUGGGCGACAUGCAAAUACUGAUUAUGCCCCCAAACUGACCCCUUAUGAAAGAAAGAAGCAGUGUUCUCUCUGCAAUGUGCUGAUCUCUUCGGAGGUAUAUCUUUUUAGCCAUGUUAAAGGGAGAAAACACCAGCAAGCUGUGAGAGAGAAUAGCAGCAUCCAGGGGCGUGAACUUUCAGAUGAAGAAGUGGAGCAUCUUUCCUUGAAGAAGUAUAUUAUUGACAUUGUGAUUGAAAGUACAGCUCCAGCAGAGACUUUGAAAGAUGGAGAAGAGCGGCAAAAAAAUAAAAAAAAAGCCAAAAAGAUAAAAGCCCGGAUGAACUUCAGGGCUAAGGAAUAUGAGAGUUUAAUGGAAACCAAAAAUUCUGGAUCUGAUUCACCUUAUAAAGCAAAGCUUCAGCGAUUAGCCAAAGAUCUUCUAAAACAACUGCAAGUACAAGACAGUGGCUCAUGGGCGAACAAUAAAGUGUCUGCUUUGGAUCGGACCCUAGGAGAGAUCACUAGAAUACUGGAAAAAGAGAAUGUGGCAGAUCAGAUUGCAUUUCAAGCUGCUGGUGGAUUAACAGCCCUUGAACACAUCCUUCAAGUAGUAGUCCCAGCCACAAAUGUGAACACAGUUUUAAGAAUUCCUCCUAAGUCUCUCUGCAAUGCAAUCAAUGUUUACAACCUCACCUGCAAUAACUGUUCAGAAAACUGCACUGAUGUUCUGUUUAGUAACAAGAUUACCUUCUUAAUGGACCUCCUGAUACACCAGUUGACGGUUUAUGUUCCAGAUGAAAAUAAUACUAUUUUGGGAAGAAAUACAAAUAAACAAGUUUUUGAAGGCUUGACAACGGGACUUCUCAAAGUCAGUGCUGUGGUUUUGGGCUGCCUGAUUGCCAGUCGACCAGAUGGAAACUGCCAGCCAGCUACCCCCAAAAUACCAACACAGGAAAUGAAAAACAAACCCUCACAAGGUGAUGCUUUUAACAAUCGAGUUCAGGACCUUAUCAGCUACGUGGUGAACAUGGGUCUGAUUGACAAACUGUGUGCCUGCUUCCUCUCGGUGCAAGGCCCAGUGGAUGAGAAUCCCAAGAUGGCCACAUUUCUGCAGCAUGCCACAGGACUCUUACAUGCAAUGUGCACAUUGUGCUUUGCUGUCACUGGAAGGUCAUACAGCAUAUUUGACAAUAAUCGCCAGGAUCCCACAGGGCUGACAGCUGCUCUUCAGGCAACUGACCUGGCUGGAGUUCUUCAUAUGCUCUACUGUGUCCUCUUCCAUGGCACCAUCUUGGACCCUAGCACUGCCAGUCCCAAGGAGAAUUACACCCAAAAUACCACCCAAGUAGCCAUUCAGAGUUUACGUUUCUUCAACAGCUUUGCAGCUCUUCAUCUGCCUGCUUUUCAGUCUAUUGUAGGGGCAGAGGGCUUGUCCCUUGCAUUCCGGCACAUGGCCAGCUCCCUGCUGGGCCACUGCAGCCAAGUCUCCUGUGAAAGCCUCCUUCAUGAGGUCAUCGUCUGUGUGGGCUACUUCACUGUUAACCACCCAGAUAACCAGGUGAUAGUGCAGUCCGGCCGCCACCCCACAGUGCUGCAGAAGCUCUGCCAAUUGCCCUUCCAGUAUUUCAGUGACCCACGGCUGAUCAAAAUACUGUUCCCUUCACUUAUCGCUGCUUGUUACAACAAUCAUCAGAACAAGAUCAUUCUGGAGCAAGAGAUGAGCUGUGUUUUACUGGCCACUUUCAUUCAGGAUUUGGCACAGACUCCAGGUCAAGCAGAAAACCAGCCUUACCAACCCAAAGGGAAAUGCCUUGGUUCCCAAGACUAUCUUGAGCUGGCUAACAGAUUUCCUCAGCAGGCCUGGGAAGAAGCUCGACAGUUUUUCUUGAAAAAAGAGAAAAAAUAAAUGUUUUGGUUGAUUCUGUAUUUGAGUACCCUUGUUAAUAUUUUAAAUUGUUCAAACAUUCUAAUUGUUCCUUAAGAACUCAUUUUCACAUGUUUAUACUCUCACCACACUGUAGAUAUGGCAUGUACUUUACACUAUUUAUAAUGACUGUAGAUACUUGAAUGUUCUACUUGCUAAUUUUGCAAGUUGAGUGUAUUUCAUUUAUGCAAAAUAUCUUGGAGUUUGAUAACUUUCAUCUUAUGAUAAUAUAUACUUUGCAUUUGUAAUAUUGGUGAAAGUAGACAUAAAAUUAGCAAGUCUGUUGUGUUCUUGUAAUAAAAUAACUUAUUCUGUUUUCAUUGUUGACUUUUCAUGUUAAGGAAAUAUGAAUCUGAAAGAAAAAUGUUAACUCCACCCCUUGAAGUAUCUUAAAUAAAGACUUAAUUAAAGUUUA